AUGGCAUGGCUUGUGGCUGCUCUUUCUAUGGUUGUUAUCUGGGUCGCUUCUGUAUGCAAGAUUUUCUUUGGAGCAACAUUUAGUUCAGAAGCUGUGAUUCUUGAUGAUGGUGAAACACAUCACAAGAUAAAUGUGUUGUUUGUCAUUGCACAUCCUGAUGAUGAGUCAAUUUUCUUUUCUCCAACGAUAAACUACUUAACUGCCAAUGCCUACAACAUUCACAUCCUAUGCUUGUCCACUGAUGAGCUGCAUCAGGCUUGUGCAGUACUCAGGGUUCCUCUUCAACAGUUAAAGAUUGUGGACCAUCCAAAUUUACAGGAUGGUUUUGGGCAAGUAUGGAGCCAUGAUUUGUUAACGGAAAUCAUCAGUGAAGAAGUCAUUAGUCACGAUAUUCACACGAUCAUGACAUUCGACAGCUAUGGUGUCUCGGGUCAUUGCAAUCACCGUGAUGUGCACCGUGGAGUAGUAAAGUUCUUGCAGACUAAUUCAGAAAGAAAUAUCAAAGCUUGGCAACUUGUAAGCCUUAAUACCUUUCGCAAGUACUGUGGACCUAUCGACAUUUGGCUGUCAAUCUUGUCAGCCAAAAGACAUCGGAGUAAGGUAAUCAUCAUAAACGAGCAGCCUUUGAAAAGCUAUGAAGCAAUGGCACAACAUUUAAGCCAAUGGGUGUGGUUUAGAAAGCUUUUCGUUUCAUUUUCAAGCUAUACAUACACGAAUACACUUCAAAGAAUCAACCCUUGAGUCAGAUCUUGAAGAGGGCACCUUGCUUGUGAAGUUGAUUGAAUAAUUACUUUCAUUUUUGAAAACAGAAGUUGUAUCUUUGUAAUGUAGGAUCCACAAUGAUACAAUUCAUCCACAAUGUACAUAUAUAUAUAUUUUUAUUCAAUGUAAUGAAAUUCUUCCAAGGUAACAAAAUAUUAUAGGAAAUACAAAAAUUUAAAACACGAAAUGUUCAUCAUCUUCUCCAGCAAACUCUACCUUAAUUCAACAUUUAGCUUUCUUUGCACCUCAUCACGCACCUUGCUCUGUAUUUGGAAAAUAUACCAUUCCAGAACAGUUUAACAGUUACAAGUAACAAAGGAGAAGUAAGAAGUGAUCAUUACCUGAAGAUCAUUGACCUCCUCGUCUGUAAGAGAGCGCUCCAUGGAACGGAAAACAAUUCUGUAACAGUGACUCGUCAUCCCUUUCUUAUUGGUGAAACUGUC